GGGGUUUCCCCAUCAUAAGCGAUUUUCCACUGGCGACCACGUGACGUGUUUCGUCAUGAAUGAAGUCACGUCCGAUGCGGAAGUGAAUGCUAACAGAGCUGUCCGUCAAUCCUUCAACGAAACCGAGCUAUUUCCAGCGUCUGAAGAGGAAUUCACAUAGCCCCAUCAUGCUUGGUGGAGGGUUCAAAUCUGAGAGACUCCGUGUCAAUCUCAGGCUGGUCAUAAACCGCCUCAAACUUCUGGAGAAGAAGAAAACCGAAUUAGCCCAGAAGGCUCGCAAGGAAAUUGCAGACUACUUGUCGGCGGGUAAAGAUGAGCGUGCGAGAAUCAGAGUCGAGCACAUCAUCAGGGAAGAUUAUUUGGUGGAGGCCAUGGAGAUCCUGGAGUUAUACUGUGAUUUGCUGCUCACCCGAUUUGGCUUAAUACAGUCCAUGAAGGAACUGGACCCUGGCCUACAGGAAGCAGUGUCCACACUCAUCUGGGCUGCUCCUCGACUGCAGUCAGAAGUGGCAGAACUGAAGAUUGUUUCAGAUCAGCUGUGUGCCAAAUACAGCAAAGAGUAUGGAAAGCUGUGUAGGACAAACCAGAUUGGAACAGUUAAUGACAGGCUUAUGCACAAAUUGAGCGUGGAAGCCCCUCCCAAGAUUUUGGUGGAGCGUUACCUCAUCGAGAUCGCCAAAAACUACAACGUUCCCUAUGAACCUGAUGCUAUGGUUCGGCCAGAGGUGUGUCCGGGUGAAGAGGCCGAUCUGAUUGAUGUGAACAGCGACUUCAAGAAGCCAGGAGGUGGCGGAGGCGGUGGAGGAGGAGGGUUUACCACUCCCGCUGUCGGAAUGCCUAUGCCCAUGCCAAUGCCCAUGCCCAUGCCCACGGCUUUCAACUACCCAAUGCCCAAAGGAGCUGAGCCCUUUAAUGGUCCCGUUGGCACCUAUGAUGGCUUUAGCAACUUCCAGCCUCCAGUGAGAGGAGGGCAGCCCCCACAGCUCCCCAGCUGCCCCCCCACCUAUGAGUCUAUCGACGAUUUGUCAUACAAACCCUCUGAUUCUUCCCAGGUCAUCCCAGGCCCAUCUCCAUCUGCUCAGAUCUACGACAACUCCAACCUUCCCGAGCUCCCGUCUGUUCCCGACACACUCCCAGCCUCCUCCUUCGGAGCGAACGCCGGCACGUCAGACGACAUCGACUUCGACGACCUGUCACGACGCUUCGAAGAGCUCAAGAAGAAGACCUAAUCGCACAGAAGAUCUUCCUCACAAGAAUAAUUCAAUGUACCCUGUCCAUAUUCACAUACUCAGAUCUUCUGGUGGAGGUGUAAUAUAGUAUUUCUUACCUAACACAAUGAAGGAUGGGAUGCAGUAUAGACACGUGUGAGCGACAGUAGCAGAUAUUUAUACAAACGGACUACUGACAGAACACGAGCACUUUGCAUAGAGGGUCUAAACGUAAUCAUCUGUAGUUUAAUCUGCGCCAUUUAUGAGAAAUGAUCAAUGACGUGUCCCCCUUUUUUAGCAAACAAUGUCUACUUUCUUCCCCAGCAAAUCAGAAGUCACUCCUCUUGGUAAAGCAGGUAUAACCUGUUGCCGUUAUUUACGCCCAGAAUUGUGUAACGACCUCUUUUGAAUGACUGUGAGCCUGCAUAAGACUAAGAUGUCAUGAGUUGUCAGUGCAAAGUGACUCUGCUGUUUUUGUUAUUGACCGAAAGCCGUUUAGACGUGAUGUUCGAGGCAAUAGUGCUGUGAGCAGUUCUGGUGGCCUGAGAGCAGAAUUUCACCCUCAUGUUUAAUGAAUCAUAUCUUUGUCAUAAAGUUUCUGUUCGUUAAUUGAUUUUAGAAAUUACACCCGUCAGCCUUCUUAAUUUGACUUUAAAAGGAAAUGCUUUUUAUUUGCUCUACAGUUGAUACACUCCUGUUUCUAGUCUUGUCUGUGUGUUUUCUUGCCUUAGUUUCCAUCUCUUAAACUGUGGCCUUGCCGUUCCACACCUUUCUCUGGGACAUGUGACUAUCUGACAGCUUGUACAAUGAACACCACGUUUAACAAGUCAUUUACAUGCUAAUUCUUCUCUUUGGUAGGGGUUUUACCUUAUAUUACUGACUUAUCUGUUGUAAGAAUCGACUGUCUUAAGUUUGUUUUGAAAGAGUGAGGAUUGUAUAGUAGGUUUUAUAUCUGUGUGACUGCUUUACCCUUGACUUUAUAACACUAAUUUGUGUUUUUUUCCCCCCUCGAAUCAUCUAAAUAUCACUCUGGCAAUGUUUAGGUAUGUUUGAUGCUGAUUUUAGCUUGCAUUGAAAACAUGCCAUAUAAUAAAGUCUAUUUGCUCAUAA